AUGAAUAAUGAAAAUGUUAAUGAAAUUUAGGAUAAUUAAGAAUAAGAAUAUCAAGUUGACUUUGAUUAAAUUUAAUAAAAUAUAUAAGAAGAAAUUAAUAAUAGAGGCUUAUCAUAACCAUAAUAAAUAUUUAAUGACAGAAAAAAUACAACAGAUUUAAUUUAAAAGUCUUAAAAAUAAUAAAUUUAAUGUUAAGAAUUAUUAAAAUUUGAUGAUUAAAUAUAGCCUAAUAUUGAAAACCAUAAAACAAUAAAAAAUCAUGAUGAAUAAGAAUAAAGCUUUGAAAUUAUUAUAAACUACCUUCACAAAAAUAUUACUAUUUUAGUUUAUUUUAAUACAGUUGUUUAAGAAAUUAUUAAUGUAGUUAAAUAACUGUAUUAAGUAAAUGAAAAUAUAAAUUUAAAACUUGAUGAUUAAAUAUUGCCUAAUAAUUAAACCAUAAAACAAUUACAAAUCAAAACAGGUUCAUUAUUAACAGUCGACAUCUUUGAAUAAGAAUAAAGCAUUGAAAUUACUAUAAACUAUCUUAACCAAAAUACUCCUAUUCUAGUAGAUUUGGAUACAACUGUUCAAGAAAUAAUAGACACUAUUGCAGAACUUUAUUAAAUAAAUGAAAAAAUAAAUUUAAAACUUGAUGAUUAAAUAUUGCCUAAUAAUUAAACCAUAAAACAAUUACAAAUCAAAACAGGUUCAUUAUUAACAGUCGACAUCUUUGAAUAAGAAUAAAGCAUUGAAAUUACUAUAAACUAUCUUAACCAAAAUACUCCUAUUCUAGUAGAUUUGGAUACAACUGUUUAAGAAAUUAUUGACCUUGUUAAAUAACUUUAUGAAAUAAAUGAAAAUAUAAAUUUAAAACUUGAUGAUUAAAUAUUACCUAAUAAUUAAACCAUAAAACAAUUACAAUUCAAGAAAGGUUAACUUCUAACAGUCGAUAUCUUUGAAUAAGAAUAAAUCAUUCAAAUUACUAUAAACUAUCUUCACCAAAAUACUCCUAUUCUUGUAAAUUUGGAUACAACUGUUCAAGAAAUAAUAGACACUAUUGCAGAACUUUAUUAAAUAAAUGAAAAUAUAAAUUUAAAACUUGAUGAUUAAAUAUUGCCUAAUAAUUAAACCAUAAAACAAUUACAAAUCAAAAAAGGUUCAUUAUUAACAGUCGACAUCUUUGAAUAAGAAUAAAGCAUUGAAAUUACUAUAAACUAUCUUCACCAAUAUACUCCGAUUCUAGUAAAUUUGGAUACAACUGUUCAAGAAAUAAUAGACACUAUUGCAGAACUUUAUUAAAUAAAUGAAAAAAUAAAUUUAAAACUUGAUGAUUAAAUAUUGCCUAAUAAUUAAACCAUAAAACAAUUACAAAUCAAAACAGGUUCAUUAUAACAGUCGACAUCUUUGAAUAAGAAUAAAGCAUUGAAAUUACUAUAAACUAUCUUAACCAAAAUACUCCUAUUCUAGUAGAUUUGGAUACAACUGUUUAAGAAAUUAUUAACCUUGUUAAAUAACUUUAUGAAAUAAAUGAAAAUAUAAAUUUAAAACUUGAGGAUCAAAUAUUGCCUAACAAUAAAACCAUAAAACAAUUAAAAAUCAAAAAAGGUUCUUUUUUAACAACGCAUAUCUUAGAAUUUAAAUAAAUUAUUAUACUUUUUUUAAACUAUAGAGAAAAUAAUAUUAUGAUUGAAGUAAAUUUGGAUACAACUGUUCAAGAAAUAAUAGACACUAUUGCAGAACUGUAUUAAAUAAAUGAAAAUAUAACUUUAAAACUUGAUGAUUAAAUAUUGCCUAAUAAUUAAACCAUAAAAUAAUUACAAAUCAAGAAAGGCUCACUUCUAAAAGUCGACAUCUUGGAAUAAGAAUAAAUCAUUCAAAUUAUUAUAGACUAUCUUCACCAAUAUACUCCGAUUCUAGUAAAUUUGGAUACAACUGUUCAAGAAAUAAUAGACACUAUUGCAGAACUGUAUUAAAUAAAUGAAAAUAUAACUUUAAAACUUGAUGAUUAAAUAUUGCCUAAUAAUUAAACCAUAAAACAAUUACAAAUCAAAAAAGGUUCAUUAUUAACAGUCGACAUCUUUGAAUAAGAAUAAAGCAUUGAAAUUACUAUAAACUAUCUUCACCAAUAUACUCCGAUUCUAGUAAAUUUGGAUACAACUGUUCAAGAAAUAAUAGACACUAUUACAGACCUUUAUUAAAUAAAUGAAAAUAUAAAUUUAAAACUUGAUGAUUCAAUAUUGCCUAAUAAUUUUACACUAAGAUAAUUACAGAUACAAAAUGCUUAAAUUUUGCUAGUAUUUCAAAUAAGAUAAUGA